AAGUGGUUGCUUUGUUGUUUGCUUCAAAUCAUUUUCUGUUGGAGUAGCACUGUUGAAAAUAGCUGGCCCCCCUCUGACAUUUAAAGUUGCCCGUCCCUGCUCUGGACAGUGAGAAAAGCAGCGUCUGUACCGGUAAAGAUUGCCAUCUAUAGGAUCGAAAGCGCAAUUGCAGUCUUUGAACGCAGGAUGCAAUAGACGGGGGUGCGUCGGUGCAGCCAAUUUGAGCGUCGUCGUGAGCGCGCACGCGAGAGGAAGACGACCCUCUCGUGCUGUGGAGGCUUCUUCCUUCCUUCCUUGGCGGCUUUCGGAGGCGCGGCCAUGGGCUUCUACGGGACCUUGAAGCUCAUCUUCUACAAGGUCAAGAGGAAGCUGGAUUACGGUCCAGAUGGUCGGCCGUUUUCCUCAGUAAAGAAGCAUUGCAGAGGCGACGCUCAUUUCUGUCCUCCCGGAGCGGUUCAGAGUUCACCCACGACAUUUGGGGAGCUCCGGCUGGCCAACGGGCAUUCGGCUCAAAGGCGUCGCGUCACCUCGGGCCCGCCCCCUCGCGGUCUACAAGAUUGGCUUCACACCUUUCAGGCGUGGAGCGGACCCGAGAGGCUGCUGGCGCUGGACCACUUGAUUGAGGCGUGUGAAACGGGCCAUCUCAAGCACGUGAUGCAGCUCAUCCAGCCGCACUUCCAGAGGGACUUCAUUUCCCUGCUGCCCAAAGAGCUGGCUCUGUAUGUGCUGAACUUCCUGGCUCCCAGAGACCUGCUGCAGGCGGCUCAGACCUGCAGGUACUGGCGAAUCCUGGCUGAGGACAACCUGCUGUGGAGGGAAAAGUGCCGCGAGGAAGACGUGUCCGAGUGCGCGUCACCUCGCCGCAGGAGCUGCGUCACGUGGAAGUCGACGUACAUACGACAACACCGCAUCGACAACAACUGGAGGAAAGGGGACGAGCGCCAGGCCAAGGUGCUGAAAGGUCACGACGACCACGUGAUCACAUGUCUCCAGUUCAGCGGUGACCUCAUUGUCAGCGGCUCUGACGACAACACGCUCAAAGUGUGGUCGGCCAUCACUGGCAAGUGUUUGCGUACGCUGACGGGCCACACGGGCGGCGUGUGGUGCAGUCAGAUGGCGGCCACCGCGGUGAUCAGCGGCUCCACCGACCGGACGCUGCGUGUGUGGAACGCCGACAGUGGCCAAUCCGUCCACGUACUGCACGGCCACACGUCUACCGUGCGCUGCAUGCAUCUCCACGGCAACCGGGUGGUGUCGGGCUCCAGGGACACGACCGUGCGCGUGUGGGACGUGUCGAGCGGUCGCUGCGAGCACGUGCUGACGGGCCACGUGGCGGCCGUGCGCUGCGUCCAGUACGAUGGACGCCGCGUGGUGUCGGGGGGCUACGACUACAUGGUGAAGGUGUGGGACCCCCAAACGGAGGCGUGUCUCCACACUCUGCAGGGACAUACCAACCGGGUGUAUUCACUGCAGUUUGACGGCGUCUUCGUGGUUAGCGGCUCGCUUGACACGUCCAUCCGAGUGUGGGACGCGGAAACAGGCAGCUGCGUCCACACCCUGACGGGCCACCAGUCGCUAACCAGCGGGAUGGAGCUGCGGGACCGCAUCCUGGUGUCCGGCAACGCCGACUCCACCGUUCGCGUAUGGGACAUCCGGACGGGACGCUGUCUUCACACUCUGCAAGGUCCCAACAAGCACCGGUCGGCGGUGACGUGCCUGCAGUUCUGCCGAGGUCUGGUCCUGUCCAGCUCGGACGACGGUACGGUCAAACUGUGGGACCUCCAAACGGGCGCCUGGCUGCGUGACGUGGUAGCGCUGCCGAGCUGCGGAUCCGGUGGCGUGGUGUGGCGCAUCAAGGCCUCCGACACCAGGCUGGUUUGCGCGGCCGGCAGCAGGAUGGGCACCGAGGAGACCAAAUUGCUGGUGCUGGACUUCGACCUGGACGAGCAGCAGACGGACCAGAAGGGACAGACCGAGUCGGACCAAGAUUCCGUCGCGGAGGAUUCCGUUCAUUAAAAAGGGAUUUUUCCGCCGGACCCGAUCGCAAGGUGACCCGAGUUUUGAGGACGCAAAACAUUUUCCAGCACCGGAAAGUGCUGACUUACUAUUGCUGCUAAUCAACUGGGAACUCGGCGUCGGACCGACAGCUGUGUUGUCAUGGUCCGUAUGGUUGACACUCCCCAUUGCACGCUUUGCAGGGAUCGUUUCCCUCUUUUGGCUCCCAUCCAUCAACGCACUUGUUAACUUUUCCGUGGCCAAAAUAUUGUGCUGUCAUGAAUUAGUGUGUUGUUUGGGGAUUGAAUUGCCUGUGAAGAGUGACAAUGUGAUUCCCCAAUCAAAGUGUUUGAACUGAAAUGCAUAAGAAUCAUCUGAUUAUUCUUCAUAACGAGAACUUUAUAGCCACUGCCUGCCAGAAAUGAAGCUAAAUGCUUGCAUCCACAAGACAGGCGCAGGUGUGUGUGUGUGUGCGUGUGUGUGUCAGGGCUGCAACUAACGAGUAUUUUAAUAAUCGAUUCAUCUGUCAGUUGUUUUUUUUUUUUCUUUACAUUUUAUUAAAUUCCCAUCCCUUCAUUCCAAAACAGGAUCUUUCUGCUUUGGUCUGUGGCAUCCGUCAGAAGAUGGCGAUGUUCGGUUUCCAAAGUCAAAGCAGAUGUUUGAAAAUGUCUUUAUUUGAAAAAAA